AAGAAAGGAAAUGGCGGCGUUAGAUGUGUUUCGCUGCCUCAAGUCAAGAUUCAAAACAAUUGUGACUGCAUUAAUACUGGUUCAUCUUGGGUUUCCAGACUGUGCCCAUACCUUGGAGUGUUACUGUGCCGGACUCUGCCCCGAUUUUGCGGAGAAUGGGACCUGCGUAGCGCCGCCAGACAGCCAGUGCUUUAGUGCCGUCGAAGAGAUCUACAACCCAGAGACGCGAAGCGUCGAGCCAGAAUGGUCGUUUGGCUGUUUACCGCCUGAUGAGGCCAGCAUUUUGUGGUGUAAGGCACACCUUGUCCCCCACAACAUUCCCAAGUCAAUUGAGUGCUGCAACCACGGGGACCUCUGCAAUAAAUACCUCAGGCCAAUGUACAAGCCUAGGAACGAAGAUUACGGCACCGAACUCUACCGCUACGACAGGAGCAUCCACCACAUCGUUCUUGCCAUCUCUGUGACAGGCUGCCUACUUGUUCUGCUGCUCUUGGGUUUCCUGACGUAUAUGAGGCACAAGAGGUCUCUGCUGAGCCGAAGCUUCUUUGCCUCCGGAUGCCACGAACCGUUUUUGCCAGGGGGAGAGGGUGGGCCCUGCAUCAAAGACCUCAUUGACCACUCCAUCACCUCUGGCAGUGGCUCUGGUUUGCCCCAACUGGUGCAACGGACCAUUGCUAAGCAGAUUGAGAUGGUGCAGAGCAUAGGCAAGGGACGCUACGGCGAGGUGUGGAAGGCCCGCUGGCGAGGAGAGUAUGUGGCGGUCAAGGUGUUCUUCACCACGGACGAGGCCAGCUGGCUGAGGGAGACCGACAUCUACCAGACGGUGCUGCUUCGCCACGACAACAUCCUGGGCUUUGUGGCCUCCGACAUCCGAGGCACGGGCUCCUGGACUCAGAUGCUGCUGAUCACCAACUACCACGAGCGAGGGUCUCUGCAUGACUACCUCUCUACCCACGCCCUGGACGCGGACGAGGCGCUGAUCCUUGCUCACUCGGCAGCUUCAGGAAUCUCUCACCUUCAUGCCGAAAUCUUUGGCAAGCAGGGGAAACCUGCCAUUGCCCACCGUGACAUCAAGAGCAAGAACAUCCUGGUACAGAAGGAUGGCACCUGCGCCAUAGCAGACUUUGGUUUGGCCGUCAGGUUCAGUAGUGAAGCGAACGAACUGGACAUAGCUGUCAAUCCUCGUGUCGGCACCAAGCGCUACAUGGCCCCUGAGGUGCUAGAGGAGUCCAUGCCCAAGAAUCAUUUCGAUUCCUACAAGAUGGCCGACAUGUACUCGUUCGCCCUGGUGAUGUGGGAGAUCACACUGCGCUGCGUCGUGGAUGGGGUGGUUGAAGAGUACUGCAUCCCAUACCACAACGUGGCCCCCAGCGACCCAAGCUUCGAAGACAUGCGUAAGAUUGUCUGCGUGGACAAGUAUCGACCCCAGCUGCCCAAACGCUGGGCAUCCUGCGAGGCAACGCAAGUCUUGUCGAAGUUGAUGCAGGAGUGCUGGCAUCCAAACCCAUGUGCUCGGCUGACGGCACUCCGCGUCAAGAAGUCCCUAGCAAGGCUCGUCCACAACAGCGGCUGCCAGGGAGUCAAGAUGGUGUGAUGUCUGUGCCACCCUUAGGACAUUCCCCACCUGAUCCCUGAACCUUGGAGGUGUUUGUUGUUGUAGUUAUUGUUUGUUCCUCAUCUCUGUCUUGCUUGCUUUUUCUUUCUUUAGGCUGCCUUGCAUGAAAACGUACUUCACAAGAUACAUAAAUUGUGAGCAUAAACACAGGAAAAUACUUUCGAGCUUUAUGUAUCUUGUAGGCUGAUUUCCUACAAGGCGGCUCCUUUAAAAGAGUGCAAAACAGUGUUUGGCAUCCCAUUAGGCUUGUUUGAUGUGUGGCUUUGUAUAUACUUGCAUUUCUUGGCAUUUCUUCUUGUUUUGGUGCCUUGGCAACAUGCUCGACUUGCAUAAGUUGCUGUGUUCUCAGGCUCAAGCACAUUUUUUACUUUGUUUUCAGUUGACUUACAGCCUUGAAAGUUGGCUGCUUUAGCGUUCAACUUUUCUUUUUGUCAAAACUUUCUCAUGCAUAUACAUGUGCUUCACAAGCCUCGAUAAAAUCAUGGUAUCUUGUGCAUGUGUAUAUGACUGAUUUUUUUUUUUUUUUUAAUGUAGCAUGGUUGUGAAAGUGUUUGUCCUCUUUUCAUUCUAGCUGUCCUACUUAGGACUUUUAAGCCUAAUCAUCUGCUUUCGUAAGCAGUGGGGACGCUACUCUCCUUUAGCUUUACUUCUUACCACCAGAAAGAAAAACUUCCUGAAUCUUUCUGGCUAAUCUGUGUAGUAUUUGGAUUAUUAUUAAUUGUACCACUUUAUUCUCAUAUUCUGAUGCAAAGGCAUGACCUGCACCAAUAAGUUGCUUUUGUUUUGACAGCUUUAAUGCUGCCGAUAUGAAUCAGAAAGUACAAUUGCCUUUUAUGCCUCAACUUGUGUAAUAUAUUCUGUGUAGGUAUGUGAUGUCGGGUUAUUAGUCAUGUUAAUCCAUUUUGGAUAAUGUCUACACAAACAUAACAUACAGUGCCAAACGAUAGAUUCAGUGUUUCUAUCAAUAUUUUGGAGAGAAUAGUUUAUAGUAAACAAGGUGCUUUUCAUACUACGGUACCCAUGAACGUCCUUCUCUUAUCACGCAUUGCCUUUUUCUCGCUGCAUUUCUUUUUUUUUUUUUUAGGCAGACAUCCGUUUUACUUUGAAGCCUAAAUUAAACAUUGUGACAUAUUGUAGCCUUUUUAAUUUUCUACACUAAGAAUAAGCAUUUGUAAGUUCCUCUUUGUCCUUCAGCAUAAUGAGGAUGGUUUGUUCUCUGUGUUCUUCUUUUCCUCUUCAGCAUUUCAAGCCAGCAAGCACACAAAUCUUUUAUUUUUGUUUGAUUUUGCAGCAGAGCUUUGCAUAGCAUUUACAAUCAGUGUUGGAUUCCUGUAACCAGUUUGCCUUGCAAUUUUCAAAGCAUAGCACACUGAUGGUUAAGACGUAAGUGCUGUGCUUCUCGAAGACUACACUUGUCAAUUUCAGGCCAUGGCUUCUUAUGCCUCUUUCUCAUUCAUGGGGUAUUUUGCCAAUUUUUAGCAGAGGAAAUGCUCUGACAAGUGGUGGUGUUCUUGUGUAUGUAACUAUAGCGUGAUGUAGGACUGUCAUGCAAUUUGAAGGUGCCAUGGAGUUUGUGAUUUCCUGUCAUCUAGCCAUGCAUAAAUUUUUAUCUUUCAAUUUUAUCCAUGGUGCUCAAAGCCAGCUCUAGGAGUGUCUCUUAUAGAUAUAUUAAAUAUCAGUAUGAAAUUUCUCAUCCCCCAACGAUAAUAGUUAUAUUGAAUAAGCACUCUGCCUUGGUUUUGUAUUUGAGCCUUAAGUCAUUGGUUUGUUACUUUUUUAUUCUUGAAUUGGUGUUUGGCCAAUAGACUGAAAAGUAAAGGCCCGUUCACACUGUCGCGCGACCCCUUAGAACUGGGUGCCUUGAAUCCUUUUACAACGAGAGGGCACACUGGCACCAUCUAUUGGGUAGCAGUGUAAACUUGGCUGUCCGGCAUAUGUUUUAUUUCUCUCUCGCAUUAUCCUUUCUUUCUUGGCUCGAAAAACUUUUGUCAACGUUAUAAACGAGCCUUUCUUAUAGGUAUUACACAGAUUUGACCUCGGAAAUCAUGCAAAACAUUUGCUCUUGUGAAAUGCAGUUCCAGGGUCACUGCAUAGAUGGCACCAGAGUGCCAGUGUGUUCUCUCGUCUUAAGAAACUUGAAGAGGUUUCAACAGGUCUCCUUUCUCUCAGUUGUAUUCGGUUGCAAGAGUGUGAACAGGCCUUAAAAUUUUGCAAAAGUUGGCAAUCACCAAAAAAAAAAAAAAUGAAAGAACUUGAUUUUCACAAUUUAGUGUUUUCUAUGUAUGCCUUAAGUGUGCCAUACUAUGCAGCUUUCAUAUUGUCAACAUAAUUUUAUUUACAUUUCAUGUGUGUUAUUAAUCCCAGUUUUUGCUCUUUGAUUGGUGUUUGUUUUAGUGAGAACUAGUUCAGUUCAUCCAUGAACAUGUUGGAUUUGAUCUUUCAUGUCUGUCAUUUUCACCUUGGACAUGGAAUUUUGACUCUGUUGAACAGGAUAGCCAUCGGUGAAUUUGUGGCUAAUUUACUUUAAGACACCUUCUUAUGUGUGUUAUAUUCUGCAAUUUCAAUGCUAAAAGGGGCACUGUUUAAAUUGCAGCUAAGCUUUUGCACUGCUUUCUUUUGAACAUGUCAUUUUCAUACUCAUCUUCAUUUAUGGUUGCUAGAAAGGUUGUAUACUCAAAAGGAUCCUUCCGGAAUGCAUGCAGUUACAAUGGCUCGCGAUGUACAAGGAGACUACCCAUCUGUGGUGGUAUUUGUAAAUAUAAUAAAUGUACAGGUAACUUUUA